AGUUUUAUUGAAAGGUACUUUCAGUCUGCAGGGUCUUUUAUCUUUACAGUUUCUUUGGGAAUGCAGGUGUCUUGACUUCUUUCUCAUGUUCUUCUUUCUUAUUUUGGGUCUCCUUUCAAUGUGCAGCAUAUGUCCCACUUAAAAAGACCUUUCUUCAUGUACCAUAGAUUUAACAAAAGAAUGAUCUAAAAGAUACAAGGUUCAAGUCAGUAAAGACAGAGAGUUUAAAUCAAUAUAUAGUAGUCAUUAAAAAGAUGCACACAUUUCUACAGAAGAAUUUGUUUGAGAUGGGAUUUAAAAUAAUCAAUAAUCUUAAAACCACUGACACAUUAACAGUACAUCAGAGUUGUGUUUCCUAUACUGAUGCCCCUACUGACCUUAAUUAUCCCAGAUUGAUAAAUUCCAAAAACAUAUCUAGUAAUUUGUUUUUUAGGAUUCUAAAAGAAUGAUUUAAAAGAUACAAGGCUCAUGUCAGUAAAAAUACAGAGUUUCAUUCAAUACAUGAGAGUCAUUUAAAAGACGAGCAUAUUUCUACACAAGUGUUUGUUUGAAACGGGAUUCGGAGUGAAGAGUUCGGUGAUUUGUAAUAAGUCAUAGUUUAUGGAGGUUUUCUUUAGACGUCCAGGAUUCCUGAUUGCUGGCUGUGUGAUCAGUGUUAGUGUCAUGAUAUUCUGUCUGAGCCACAGAGUCAGUAUUGAAUUGCAAAAUUAUUAGUUCAGUAUUGGGAGUUUGAUCAUUUAUUUAAGUAAUCUUCAGAUGGUGUAUUUCUAUCACAAGAUAUAUAGAUAGUGUCACACACGUGCGCAUGUGAGGCAGCUAGAGGCCUUAAAUAAUAGUAAUACCAUGCCAGACCAGGGGGUGGCGAGCUGCGCUAACUCUCCCUGUCCUCUGCAGACUAUCCUCAGGAAAAUCCACUAGGUGCCAGCACUUCUGAUGACGUCACUUCCUGAUACCAGAGCCAUCGAUGAAGCCACUUCCAGACCCAAAGACGUGACUUCCAGUUCUGAUCCAGAUGACGUUAUUUCCUGUCAUGACCUUUAAAACCACCAUUUUACUCAACCUAAGUCAGUUCUGUUUUGGACAUUGUACCUUGCACAACUCAUGAAAAAAAUACCCAUUUUGCAGCCAGAGAUAUUAUACAGCCGUGAACAGAGCAGGCCAUAGGACCCAGCGGAGGACACCUGAACUGAGACGUCUGCCUGCACCGCCCUCUCCCUCCCUCUCUCUCUCUCUCUCUCUCUCUCUCUCUCUCUCUCAGGUUAAAGUGUCUUUACUUAGAACACACUAAACAGUUGCAAGUUGCACAGCAAACAAUAAACAUCAGGCACAGACAUGCAUAGAUCCUACCAGCCUAUGGAACCAGUUACCAGCAAGUACCUGCAGAAGAGGAUGGAUGACAACAGAUACCAGCAGCAUCGACGUAAGGUUAAUGAGGCAAAGCCAGUUGUUGACACAAAGGGACACAAAACCCCAGGACACCUCCAGUUAAACCUUAAGAAACUGCAGAUGGAAGAAGAUCGCCUGAGCACGAUCUCGAAGGACAAUAAGAAGCUGGCAUUAAAACUAGCAGACAUUCUGAGAUCAAAAGGUCAGGUUGAUAACUGGAAUGAUCCUCCUGCGAGAAGUAUGAAUGCACAGAAACGUCGCAUGGAGCUGCUUAAUGUGUGCCAUGAGAACCAAGCAAUCCUGGAGCGCAUCAACAGGAGAGAGUCUGAAUAUCGGCGUGAGCUGUGGGAGGAGGACUGGCAGAACACAGAGCGGAUUCUCCAAGACAUCGCCAGAUACCCACAUGGAGUUCCUCUCCAGCAGAGAAAAGGACCAACAAAGAUCCUCAAUGAAAAACUAGAAAAGGUCGAAGAAGCUGAAGAAGUUGAAAGUCAGCACGAGUCAUGAAUAAAUUCCAUCAUGCAGAGUAUCCAACAGCCCAGCAUUCAUCCAUACUUACAACUUCUCAGACACAUUCUGGUAGCUACUCAAAAUAUUUUCCUUUUGGCCAUGCUAGUCGGUGGUUUAACACGACUUGACAGACCCUAAUAAAUCAGUAUGCACACCACA